CAAUCCAUCAGAUCACGCUAAAAGCAGAGCCUCACCCAUCCCCCGCGCAAAAAAAAUAUCUAAUCCGUGCCAAAACUGCAUUGCUGCCACCUGCUGUCAAGAAUCCCCAACCACGGCAAACUCACACACUCACACACACGCAAUGGCAGGCUCCUUUGCCUCUACCUCCUCAUCGAAGACGGUCUCGGUAGUGGACACACAGACGCCUGCGCUCACGUCGAUCCUUACACAUGCGCCGCACGAGUUCCUACAGCCGUCCGGCAACGCGAUUCAAGAUGCGGCGCUGAACCUCGUCAAGCAGUACUUCGACCCGCUGCUGAAGAAGGGGAAUAAUGGCCUCGGAAUGGUCUACCUGGACGGCUUCGAUGUCGAGCAGGUCUGGGAACAGGUCCGCGGCGUGGUCGAGAACGGCUUCGUGAAGGAUUUGGCGUUGCCCGCGAGGAUGGCGAUUGAGCAGGCGAUGAGUGAGAGUGGGAGUGAGAGUGAGGAGGAGGAUGUGGUUAUGGGUGAGGAUAGCGAUACGGAAGCUAGUGGGGAGGAGGGAGAGUUUGCUGGGUUUGAGGACGAAACCGAAGAUGAGGAUGAGGAGGCCGAGGAUGAGGAGGCCGACGAAGGUGGCGUUGCGCUCGAGGGAGAGGAUAUGGGCGACUCAGAGGACGAGGAGGACGACGAAGAGGACGACAGCGAAGCCAAAGAGUUUGUGCAAGAUGUCCACGGUCUCAACGACGGUUUCUUCUCGAUCGACGAUUUCAACAGACAAACCGAGCUUCUCGAACUAGAAGAUUCACGGGGUGCUCCGGUUGACGAAGACGACGACGAUGCGGUCGAUUACGAUGCUGAUCCUGCGACUAUUGCUGCCGACGAAGACGACGAAGAGGAGGACAUCCCCAGCAAAAAUUCGGGACAGAAUGGCCUCGCAAACGAAGAUGAGGAGGGUAGUGACGACGGCGACGACGACAUAGAUCUUGACCAGGGCACGGGCGAUAAUGGGAAUGAUCUUAUGUAUGAGGACUUCUUUGCGCCACCGGCCAAGAAGAAUUCGGGGAAACCAAAGGACAAGAAGAAGGUUUUCUGGAGGGAAGACACUCGAAAGAUGGAUCCCGAGGCCCAGUUCGAGGCGAUGGAGUCAAAUAUGGCGAGGGUUCGUCGCGAUCUUUUCGACGAGGAGGAUGAGGCGUCCGACGAAGACGUCGAAAUGGGCGAUAUGGCCGAUCCCAUGAACCGACGUUCGACUCACCAGAAACGUCAAGCCGCGCUCAUGGAGGAAAUCAGAAAGCUCGAACAGGAGAAUAUCGCCAAGAAGCAGUGGGUGAUGGCUGGAGAGGCGAAGGCGAGGGAUCGACCACUCAAUUCGCUGCUGGAGGAAGAUAUGGACUUCGAGAGGUCUGGCAAACCGGUACCGGUCAUCACACAGGAGGUUACAGAGGGAUUGGAGGACAUGAUAAAACGUCGUAUUCUGGAUGCACAGUUCGACGAGGUCAUCAAGAGGCGACCCGGCGAUGUUACGGACAAGUUCCGACGUGGACGGGUUGAGCUCGACGACUCCAAGCCCCAGGAAUCUCUGGCCGAAAUCUACGCGCAGGAUCAUCUCAAGUCCACGAAUCCCGACGAGAACCUCGAUGCGGCCGACGAGAAGGUGCAGAAAGAGCACAGGGAGAUUGAAGCCAUCUGGCUGGAUGUUUCUCACAAGCUCGACGCCCUCACCAGCUGGCACUUCACACCGAAACCCGCGAAGCCGACUCUAGCGAUCGUAUCCGAUGCCCCAGCCAUCUCGAUGGAAGAGGCCCAGCCUAGCGCUGCUGCCGGCGGUAUGGCCGCGAACGUGUCUAUGCUCGCACCGCAAGAAAUAUACAAGCCCGGUAAGGACAAGGCGUAUCUACCGGUCGGGGAAGGCGGUGGCCGCGAGAUCGUGGGCAAGAGUGGAGCACCGAUUUCGACGAGGGAGAUGUCGAGCGACGACAAGAAGCGCAGGAGGAGAAGGGAGAAGGAGAAGAUCAGGAAGAGGAAUGCUGCUGCUGGAAUCACACGCGGCGAGGUCAAGGCUGGUAGCAAGAAGGAUGUGGUGGAUACCCUGAAGAGGGGCAAUGUCGCCGUCAUCGGAAAGGGUGGAGAAAAGACGAAUGUCGAUGGUACGGCUGUCAAGGGGCGCAAGGUGGGGACGAGUGCAAGCUUCUUGAAGCUGUAGUGAAAAUGUCGACGAUGAUGUCUAGUAAUUACAUUCUGUUUGGGCAAUGGAGUUUGUUGGUAUUGUACGUCUGCUUUUCCGUAUGCUCAUCUUCACCUUCGUCUUUUCUAUGCGAGAUGAAUAUAACUAUCAUUCUUCAAGGUGCGACGCGAUGAUUUGACGAUGUCAUUGUUCUCUCUCAUCCGUUCCGGAAGGACAGCUCUGUGCUCCAACUCUAGAU